CAAGACAGCGGACAACGGAGCUGGUAGACCGCGGCAGUUAAAAGUUAGCCUCCAAGCUCCUCCGCGCCGGAGCUCCAGUUCAUCUCCGUCUAAUAUCAAAUCUCUCCUACCACACCUUGCUAGAGCUAUCGUUGGUCACUUUCUAGACCAAGUUCCAAAAGGAGGAGUAUUUAUCCUCUUACUCUCCUACCGCGCUUGAUCCCUACAGAGCAUCAUACAUCUAGUCCAUUACUCUCGAUUCCUAACCUCCAUCAUGGCGGACAUCCUAACGCAGCUCCAGACCUGUCUGGACCAACUCGCAACCCAAUUCUACGCUACCAUCGGCUACCUCAACACCUACCACGACCACUCACCCGCAAUCCCCCCAUCCAACGUCCCCGACGCAGCACCCCAACUCGCCAAAAUCCCCAAAAACCAACACGCGGCCCCCGUCCCCGCUACAGCCGCAGCACAAGCAAAAGCCGCUGAACAAGCCUCCCCUCCUCCAGCAAACGCCUCCGCGGCCAACGACCCCAACGCGCCCCCACCCCCCGAUUCUCCACGCACGUUCGCGGCGCGACAGCGCGAACUGGCCCGCGAUCUGAUCAUCAAGGAGCAGCAGAUCGAGUAUCUGAUCAAGGAGUUACCGGGUAUUGGGUCGUCGGAGGAAGAGCAGGAGAGAAGGAUACAGGAGUUAGGGAGGGAGUUGAGGGGUGUAGAGGAGGAGAGGGAGAGGAAGGCGCAGGAGUUGAAGGCGUUGGGACGGAGGUUGGAGAAGGUCCUGGGGGCGAUUGAGAAAGGGAUCUAUGGGGAUGAGAUUCCUGGGAGGUGAAUCAUAUCACAGAGCCAGGGCAUACGAGGAUAAUCUCUGCACGUUGUGGACUUUUGGGGACUUUGAGCCUUGGCUGGACGGUGAUUUGGUUGUUAUUUGCUUAACGUCUCGUAAUGAUUCAAUGAGACAAUACAUGAUACCCUAUGUGGAGUUACGAUAGAUGCCUCCUUGCUAGUGGCUUCUUCGGGGCGUUCAGGAAAUGACCCCCUCACUGCUGCUACAUCUAUAUCUUGAUCUCGAAGGAAGCCUACACCAAAAGAAAGACAAAAGCCAUAGGCACCAAUUUCAUUCAAAGAUCUAACCAUAA